AUGGCUCCGUAUGAGACUUUAUAUGGGAAGAAGUGUCAAUCUCUACUAUACUGGUACGAAGUUGGGGAGAAAAGCUUGUUAGGGCCUGAAAUGAUAUCUGAACCCACUAAACAAAUAAAGAAAAUCCAAAGUCGAAUGCUUGUCGCUCAAAGCCGUCAGAAGAGCUACACUGAUCAGAGGUGGAAGCCUAUAGAAUUUGAGGAAGGAGAGCAUGUGUUUCUGAAUGUUACACCAACAACCGAGUGGCAUCGGAAGUAUAAUCCCGAUGCAUGUCAUGUCCUGGAACCUGAAUCGGUUCAAGUAAGGGAAGAUUUGACGCUUCAAGUGACUCCAAUUAGAAUCGACGACACUAGCAUUAAGCGCCUGCGCAGAAAGUAA